AUGAGCGCUCAAAGACGCCUCGACGCCAUCUCGGGCCAGCUCUCCUCCACAUCAACCACAACUCACUCUCCCGGCCUGCAGAAAAUCUUAGAAAAGAAUCCCGACGACAUUGUUAUCACAUGUGCCACGCGCACUCCGCUGACAAAGGCCAGAAAGGGUGGACUCAAGGACACCGCCACCGACGAGCUCCUGAUCCAUGUGCUGAAAGCCAUCAAGGACAAGUCCGGCAUCGAUCCUAACCUGGUCGAAGAUGUCUGUGUGGGCAAUGUCCUCCAACCCGCCCCAGGUUUCGUGGCCAGAAGUGCCGUUCUCGCCGCGGGAUUCCCCGUCACCACAGCCACGAGCAUCGCUUCGAGAUUCUGCUCGUCGGGCCUGUUGAGCAUCCAGACCCUUGCCAGUUCCAUUGCCAUCGACGCCAUUGACGUGGGCAUCGCCGUCGGCAUAGAGAGCAUGUCGUCCAACAGAGACGCCCCUCCGCCAAUGAGCGACACCGUCAUGUCCCACCCCAUCGCCAAAGACAAUGUCGAGCCCAUGGGCUGGACGUCGGAGAAUGUGGCCCGUGACUUCCACAUCACGAGGGAGAUGCAGGAUAAAUUUGCCGAGAUGUCGCACAACCGCGCCGAAAAGGCCCAGAAAGAAGGCUGGACCAAGGACGAGAUCUCCCCGGUCACGACCAAGUGGAUCGAUCCCAAGACCAAGGAGGCCAAGAGGGUCACGCUGGACAAGGAUGAUGGCAUCAGACCGGGCACCACCUAUGAGGGCUUGUCCAAGAUUCGAUCCGCCUUCCCGCAAUGGGGACCGACCACUACGGGAGGCAAUGCUUCCCAAGUCACCGACGGGGCAGCGGCCGUGCUGAUGAUGAAGCGGUCAACGGCCCAGAGACUGGGCCAGCCGAUCAUCGGCAAGUAUGUCAAGAGCACCGUCGUCGGGCUCGAGCCACGCAUUAUGGGCAUCGGCCCGAGUCUGGCGAUCCCCAAGAUCCUGCAGAAGACCGGCCUGAGCACAGAUGACGUGGAUCUUUUUGAGAUCAACGAAGCCUUUGCUUCUAUGUAUGUUUACUGCGUCAACAAACUCGGCUUGGAUAUCAACAAGGUCAACGUCCGAGGAGGUGCCAUUGCUAUCGGCCACCCCUUAGGCGCCACCGGUACACGGCAAGUGGUGACCCUGCUUUCAGAGCUGAAGCGGCGUAAGCAAAAGGUCGGUGUUACGAGUAUGUGCAUCGGCACGGGCAUGGGCAUGGCUGGUGUAUUUGUCUCAGAAGCAUAG